UUCGCUUCUCACACUCGCUCACCAGAAGUCCGCGUUGCUGUGCUGUGUGGUGGUGGUUCGGGUGACUUUUUUUCUCUCCUCUUGCGUGAAAAUUCCUCCUGGAUUUUCGCACGGCUCGCUCGACCGCAGCCCCGUGUUCCAGCGCACAACAAUCGCAACCCGUGUGCCGUCGUCGUCGUGUCACAAGCACGGAAUCGUCGAUUCCCGGUCGAAAUCGGUGGAAAAAGUCCAAGAAAAAACGGUGCCUGCUGCGAUAACCAACAAGACGAAGAAGAAGAAGAGGGAGAAGGUGAAGGCAAAGAGCAAAUAACGGAAGAAGAGCCAGUGUGUGUGUGUUUGUGUGUGCGUUCGUGUUUUUGAGAGUGUGCGGUGGAACGGCCUCAGCCAGCAGCAGCAGCGCUAGUGCGAGAGAGUGAAGAAAAAAGAAGUGAAUUCCUACAAAAUGUCGGACCCAGACGCAUUAAACAUCGAUCAUCUGAUUGCUAUGCUUUUGGAAGUUCGCGGUGCGCGGCCAGGAAAAAAUGUUCAAUUGUCAGAAAAUGAAAUCCGUGGCCUGUGCCUGAAGUCACGGGAAAUUUUCCUGUCACAGCCGAUUCUCCUGGAGUUGGAGGCGCCGUUGAAAAUUUGCGGUGACAUCCACGGACAGUAUUAUGAUUUGCUGCGUCUGUUCGAGUACGGCGGCUUUCCCCCAGAGUCGAACUACCUCUUUCUGGGCGAUUACGUCGACAGAGGAAAGCAAUCGCUGGAGACCAUCUGCUUGCUGCUUGCCUACAAGAUCAAAUACCCGGAGAACUUUUUCCUGCUCAGAGGAAACCACGAGUGCGCCAGCAUCAACAGAAUAUAUGGGUUCUACGAUGAGUGCAAGCGGCGCUACAACAUCAAGAUGUGGAAGACGUUCACCGAUUGCUUCAACUGCUUACCGGUGGCGGCGAUCGUGGACGAGAAGAUCUUCUGCUGCCACGGCGGCCUGAGUCCCGACCUACAGUCGAUGGAGCAGAUCCGGCGCAUCAUGAGACCGACGGACGUGCCCGACCAGGGUCUGCUGUGCGACCUGCUGUGGUCCGACCCGGACAAGGACACCAACGGUUACGGCGAGAACGAUCGCGGUGUCAGCUUCACCUUCGGAGUGGAUAUUGUUGGCAAAUUUUUAACCAAACAUGACUUUGAUUUGAUAUGCCGAGCCCACCAGGUGGUCGAAGAUGGGUACGAAUUCUUCGCCAAGCGUCAGCUCGUGACACUCUUCUCGGCGCCCAACUACUGCGGCGAGUUUGACAAUGCGGGAGCCAUGAUGUCCGUGGACGACACGCUGAUGUGUUCCUUCCAGAUACUGAAACCAGCUGACAAACGUGGUUUUCAAAAACUGGCAAAAAACAGCAAAUUUUAAGGGCAAAUGGUCGAAUAUCUUGCGAAUGCUCCGACUGUGAGUAUUUUCUUUUUGUUUUGUCCCUUCUUUUUUUCCUUUCCGAUUUGGCUUUUUUUUCUUGUGCAAAAUGUGUUCUCGUUUUAACAUCCUAUUGUUUUCUGUUGGGUUUUUCUUUCCUGGUUUAAUUUUCUCGUUGUUGGCACGGGGAAACGCUCUGUAAAUAGGUCCACUUUUCUAAACUCUCCUGGUGAUUGUUCUUUUCCCUUUAUUUGUUGUUUCGCUGACACUGAUCUAUGAUAACAAGAUUUUUUGGUUAUUCUUCACCCCUUUGGAAGUGUAAAUUACACAGUCCGGACGUGAUUUUGUCUCGGAGACUAACGAGUAUGUGUUUUUCCAGUGGAGGAUUAUCAAUGUUUGCUCGAAAUUUUCAUGCUCGUCCUUUUGAAAUAGUUUUAACAACUUGUCAUAUAGGAAUUUUGUAGUAAAUUUUAUCGUUUUUAUGAAACUGACAAAUUUGGUAUUCAUGGAAAACUUAGUUUGCAAAAUGGACAAGAUUAGGUUCUUGAAAAAGAUUUUUUUUUUCUUAGCAAACGAAAGAGGAAGUAUUUUUAACUAUAACAUUAAUUCGAUAAAACUCUAAAUUUUGAUUGAAAAACUAAAGUUAUAAGCAAACGAAAAGAGGAACCCUGAUUGAAUGUUCGCAAACUUUUCCAAAUACCAAAAUCUUUUACCCAUUUUGCAUUUAAUUUUGCUCCUUCACUCUGAUUGGUUGAAAGAAUGUGGCUGCUGUUGUGAAACUGCCACAACAAUGCAACAAUGUUCUUAAUCAUACUGGUAAUGUCUGUAGCAUAACAAACUUUCAAACGUUCUAAGCUGUGAGUCUUAUCUAGUUUACAAUCAAUGCUCACAAUUGAGAUCGGCACUAAAAUCCUUUCCUCUCAAGCUUAUGCUAGAUUGAGUUUGCUUGAACAGAAAACAGCCUACUGCGAUUGAAGGCAGCCGAGUUCUUUUCCCAUUUGACAGCGUUCGAAUGUGAUUUGGGAGCACUUUUUCCUAUGCUUGAGAGUGACUGCUCUUAAUUCGAAUCGCGAGCGUUUUACAAUCGGUUUGAAAACACAUACUUUGGUCCCUUCGCCAUGAUAAAUUUGUUUUUCCGUUGGACUGUGUAAUUGAGGAACAUUUUUAUGUGAGGUGCGGGCAUGUUGCCCGCGUAAUUUUUAACACGCAAAAUUAGUACUAAAUUAGCAAAAUUUUCGGAAAGUUUCGUUGUACGAUAUUUGUUUCUACAUGGUAUUAACUGCAUUCUAAUGCUUGUCAAAGGCUUCUCGUUAUUACUCAUGAUAAACCGCGCUGUAAAGUCUUACUUAUAACUAUUGGCAAUGCCUUUUCACUGUACUGGAAGACUGCUCCAAACUUUGGCGAUGAUCAAGUGGGAGAAGGUAAAAACUUCUCAUCCAAAUUUAACUAAAAAACAAAUCUCGCGUCCACCAGUACAGUCAAUAGAGAACAAAAUCAAAAUUCAUGCUCGUCUGUUUGUAUGUUGUUCCAUGGAAUGAAAUCCAAUCCACAAAAACAAAAUAAACUGUCGUUGGCUUGAUCAGUCUUCGAGUCCUCACGAUCAUCCGGUCGAAACUAACCGUUGAGCAUGAUUGCAAUCCGACAGCCGCAAGCCUAGACCAACAACAACAACAACUGAAACAGAACCAACAGCCGAUGAUGAAACGGUGCCGUCGUUGUGUGAGGAAAAUAACGUUCCAGCAGACUCACAACAAUGAAAAGAAGAUGAUCGCACGCACACGUGCGCAGUUUCACAAUAGCAUCAAAAGAAAUGAUUUAGAAGCCGCAGCAGUAGCAAUGCGGAAAGUACCAACUGUAUCGACACCCGCGCCAACACUGUCCAAAAUGAUUGGUGGAAGGUACGGUUUUACUCUCGGCAUUGCUACUGUCGCGCGCUUCGAAAAUGCAACACUGUAGAACCAACAAUCUGUGUUGACGACGAUUGAUGAUGAAGAUCAACACAAAAGUAUGCAAAUCUAAUUUUUAAGACUAUUAGAGCAAAUCAACUUGCAGAAACACAAGCAAAAAAGCGUGUACUGUUUUACACAACAAUUCAAAAA